GAUAAGUGUGCAGAGAAUGGAAAGAAUAAUGAGCGAGAAUGUCUAAAAGACUGUAAGGGUACAUUCAUCGUCAAAAUAACUGCAGAAAAUAAAGAACUAGAAAUUCCUGCCGUAAAAGGAGGGCAUUCUGGUGGCAAGACCGGAAAAGCUGAAAAUUUUGGUGCAAUAAAGAAAAACAUUUGCGAAGACGAACAAGUCAGCAGUGCAAGCAAAACGAGUGAAGCUAAUAAAUUGAAGACUAAUAAGGCAACCGUGGAGAAGACUGAGAAAAUCACAGAGAAUACACAAGAACAUGUGUGUGGAAGGAAGGAUGAUGAGUUGGCAAAUAACAAACACGAUAGAAGAAACGAAACACAAAAGGAAUUUGAAGUUGGUUAUGAUUUGGAAAAUUGUUCAAGCAAGGAAGAGUCAAGACCAACAAACAAAGGAAGCAACAGUGGAAGAUGUACUGUCUUAAACGACCAUUCCUCAUGUCACACAUCUUUUGCGAAGAUAAAGUCAGAUGGUUCGACCUUUGAAGGUCAUCAAAUAGAAGAUAAAACAGGAAAAGUUUCCGAAACAGUUCCAUCGCAAAAAGCGAACAUUAAGCCAGAAGCGGACCAAACAAGUGUACAUCAAAAAGUCGAAAAUCAGAAGAAAUCUACAGAGCGACAUUCUCGUCCGCAAAGAGAGAAAGACGAAGACAACAUUAUGUCUAAUAUCUCAGCCGAUCCUUCUCGGCGCACUUCAUCACGUUUAGCAACGUUACAUAACUGGCAUAAAACUCCGCCUCAGGAUAAAGAAAGAAAUGUGCCGAGACGAGAUGCAAAGUUCGCGGAGAAAAUGAAGUUAAAAGUGAGUGAAAACGCUAAUACGAGAUUACGAAGUCGAGCUGUGAUUAAACAACCUGGUCACGAGAAUCGCUACACGAAAGGUCGUCAAACUAGAAGGAAAUAA